AGAGAGACGAAAAAAAAACAUCUCAGCAAAUUUCCUAAAUAUACUUCAUGACUUGAUUGUGGUUAAGUGUGAAGACAGAACGGGACUUGUGGAGGCCCCCAGAUUGGUGCUGAAGUCUUCAGCUCCUGUCCCAAGUCUCUGGUAAGAAACCCUGCAUCCCCAAAGACUAGCAGGUCUGUUCAUCUUUUUGCAGAAGUCUAGCAAUGGAGUCUUUCCUUAAUGAGACUGAUUCAACUGACCUACAGGCACUGCCCUGGAGUGAACCCCAACUAAUUCUCUCCGUGGUCAUCCUCAGCCUCACUUUCUUAUUGGGAUUGCCAGGCAACGGGCUGGUGCUGUGGGUGGCUGGCGUAAAGAUGAAAUGGACAGUGAGCACCGUUUGGUUUCUCCAUCUCACGCUGGCAGACUUCCUCUGCUGCCUCUCCUUGCCCUUCUCCCUGGCUCACUUGGCUCUCCAAGGACACUGGCCUUAUGGUCGGCCCCUAUGCAAGCUCAUUCCCUCCAUCAUCAUCCUCAACAUGUUUGCCAGUGUCUUCUUGCUAACUGCCAUCAGCCUGGACCGCUGUCUUUUGGUGCUCAAGCCGAUCUGGUGCCAGAAUCACCGCAAUGUGAGGGCAGCCUUCAUUAUCUGUGUAUGUAUCUGGGCGGUGGCUCUUAUAAUGUGUAUACCUGUGUUCAUAUACCGUGAAACAUUCACUAUAGACGACCAUAAUAUCUGUAGCUACUAUUUUGGUGGCGAUAGCUCCUUUGACUAUUUGAACUUCACCUUUGAUGGACCAGAAAAUGGAUCUUUUGACGACUCCAUCAUUCAGCUGUCUGGAGAAAUUAAUCAUAGCCCAGAUGCUUUCCCUUUACAAACUAAUGAUCAUCCUUGGACAGCUACGACUCUCCUUCCUUCUCAAACAUUUCAAAGACUUCCUGGAGAUUCACUCCCUGUGGACUCAGCUAGAUUAUCUAAUCAACAUCCAUAUUAUAAAUUAAUUAAACCUGAUGCUGAAAUCUUACCCACAACCCCCAUUGGCCUUCCCACUGAUGAUCACAGAACUAACCCAAUGAGUAACUUAAAUACUUUCCUCUCCACCGGUUUAGAGCUUUUCUCUACUGCCUCUAGUAACACCUUCUAUAGGCCUGAGCUAUCACAAGAUUUCCUGGAUGAUGGUGAAGACUUCUUUGCAUAUGACAAUCAAGUCCCAACACCUCUGAUAGUAAUGGCCAUCUCUAGGCUAGUGAUGGGUUUCCUGAUGCCCUUGUUUGCCAUGCUGACCUGUUACGGCCUCAUUAUCUUCCGAAUGCGACGAGGGCGCUUCACCAAGUCUCGGAACAAAGCCUUGCGAGUGUCCAUGGUGGUGGUAGUUGUCUUUCUUGUCUGCUGGGCCCCAUACCACAUUGUUGGAGUCCUCUCAUUGUUUAUUGACCCAGAUACUCCCUUUGGGGAAGUUCUGCGCUUCCUGGACCAUGUGUCCAUUGCUCUAGCAUCUGCCAAUAGUUGCUUGAAUCCCUUCCUAUAUGCCUUCAUGGGAAAAGAUUUUAGGAAGACAGCAAAGCAGUCCGUGCAGGGCAUUCUGGAGGCAGCUUUCAGUGAGGAUCGGACACAUUCUACGAACUGUACCCAAAACAACACCUUUUCAGAAAGAAACAGUAGUAGAGCUGUUUGAAACUAUGGAGCACUUGGCCCAAGCAGAGCUUCUUAGGUAUUCACCAAGUGUGAUAUGUUUCUAAAAGAACAAGGGGCAUGGUGAGCAGGGAUUUCAAGAAACAUCAAAGACUCAGUCUAGAGGUCUUCAGAGUGGGUCCUGUACUAGUUACAUUGGCAUCACCUGGAAGCUCUCUGGCUCCACCUGACAAUGACAAGGUCCCUUGUUUCUGAUGAAUGCUAAAGUUGAGAGUCAAUGCAAAGCUUAGUCUAUGCCUAUCCCAAACUAAGCCUACUGAAAUAAAUGAAAACCUAGUCUGCUGUAAAAUGACGUUUCCAUCAUUAAAGUUACAAUUUAUAUAUCUAAAUUCCCUUCCAGAUUCAUUUUAAAACCAAUUCUCCCAGCUUUGAGUGAAAGGUGAUUAUUUAUUCUAUGUCUUUAUUGUUGUACUGCUGGUGGUGGUGGGAUGGUUGUAAAUAAAGAGAAAGUGCAAGAAGAAAUUGCCAAUGAAAAUAAGGAUUUAUGAGAAUGAGUCUGGGGCAGAGUACAAUGACAAACACUUAUUUCGAAGACUCAUGGAUACAGGACACAAUUCCAAGCUUCCAUUAUUUCAACUAAAUAAUCAUCUGCUGUGCAAACACAAACAACUAAGAUAUAUAACAACUUACUCAUGGACUGGAAUGUAUGCUGCCCUUUGAGGAGGUCUCUUGUCAAUUUGUUUAUGCUACCCAUUGAUAGUGCCAUCUAACUUCUCCUGAUCUUGAAUUCAUCAAUUCCUUAUUCCUCCCCUGCCUCUAAGUCUUCUUUCACACUACACUUUGUACCUAUACUAACCUCUCAUUUCAAAAGUUAAAAAUCACUGGAAAAUGACUCAGUACCCUCCCAAACACUAUAAAACUUAUUAAUCCAUGACUAUAGGUAUGUAUCUUUCACGCUGUAAUUACCAGAUGUAUCUUUAGGUUUUUUCAUUAAACUUCAUCAAAAUAAUACAUACUCAUAUACAUUCAUAGUUUAAAGAUAUUCAAGGUUUAUAAUGAAAUACGAGAUGUUUCCUGCCCCACUCUGCCCAACUGCUCCCUCCUCCCACUCCCAUUUUGCAGAGAUAACCCUUGUAACGAUUUGAGAUGUUUCUUCUGAUAUCUGCCACAAUAUUUCUAAGUCAUAGGCUUAUGCCAAUCGUUUUUGUAGACAGAUAAAAAUGACUCGUUUUUUGCAAGAUGAAGAACUUUAUCCAAGCACAUUUAUAUUUUUUUCUUUAUCCAGAGUCCAAAUAUUCACUAACCAUCCUACUUUAAUUCAUUUGUCACAUUUUCUUCCACUUCCUCUCUCCAUUCCAACUGUAUAGAUAUAUAACUUUCCUUCUGUCCUUCUUUCAUUUUAUAAAAACAUUGUUCAACUCCCUGUCACCUUCUCAUUUUCUCUGUAUACAAACCCAUGUGUUAAACCACUAAAAUUUCAGGUUUCCUUGUACGUCAACGUAGCUUCUUCUAUGCUGAAUACAAUGACUUAAUCUAAAGAUAGAAAAUGAGAAGCUCUUGACUUGCUUUGAUGUGAGGGUCUGGACUACAAAUCUGUUAUAAAGCGCUAUACAGGAAAUUUCAAAUAACUAGGGAUUCUUUCACCCUGUGAGGUAAUGCCUAAUAUGAUGUACAUUUGCAAGCUACCUUUUAUUUUAAGCUGCGUAUAUAUUUGAUGCAAAUAAAUGGUUUCUUGCAAG